CCCACUUUACCCUCCCGUGGGGUUCUGUCAGCGUGCCUCCCGAUCAGGGACCUGUGGUAUUACUGUAGUCAAGUCACAAGCAGUCGACCUUUCAUGGUGGUCCUACAAUGCCACCAUUUCCAGCCUGGCGAUUGGUGGAGGUGCGUGGCACUACUGUUCGGGCCAGGCUCGCAUUGCGACGUCCAGGCUUUCAUGCCGCCUGCGGUGCCUUGCCUGGCGUAUUCGAUUCCGCACGAGGUCUGCUAGGAAGUCAGUGAGCGUGCUUAAUACUACAGUCCCUACUAGGAAUUCAGAGCGAAGUAGGGACCUGAAUAACCCGGAGCGCCACGGCAGUGAUGCUUCUAGGGAUCCAGGCCUCUUCAGUGAGCGUUCCUUCGUGCGAUCAGCAACACCGCCCUUCGCAACACGCAGUAGACCGGUCAGCCCAUCCGAAAGUCCCGGCGGGUGAAUCACGCGACGAUUAUUUCCGAGUUGUCGCUCGUACAUUGCUACUGUCGGUCCGAGUCGCAUUCAUGGAACAUUUGAUUUCCCUCAGUCUCAGUCGGGCCGCGCGCGAUUCGGAGUCAAUCAAGACAUUUGAAGUCCCAUAAAAGGCCACCAUCGCUCGUUUCAACUCGUCAGUCCAGCUCAACGGCACAACCCCGCGCUGCUAUACUAGAGUGUAUCCGCUCUGAAUUCAGCACCAUCCAAGCAGCACCGGCUGUAUAGCGUGUUUCAGCAGGAGUUAUGAGUCCAAGCAACGUUGCUAUGAGAAGGUUCGAGAAAUCCCCGCUGCCGUUUCUGCUGGUGCUCUUGGCGGUCGGCCUGAUGGCGUGUGCGCCAGCAGAUGCAGCACGCGCGUUGAAGGAGAAUCUGGUCAACCCCAACGGCCCAGCCCUCGCCGUCCACGCGUUUCGUAACGCAGCAGCCGACCAUUCUUCUCCUGUCCCAGCAGAUCUUGGAUCUGAGCCGUUGGUCGAUUCGGAGCCUGCUGUAAAAUCCAAGCCCUUCGUAGAUCCGGAGCCUGCCAUGGGAUCUGAGCCGUCGGUAGGUCCCGGCGGGGAGGCUGCUGUGGCAUCUGAGCCGUCCAUUGACCCGGUCUUCGAGCCUGCUAUGGGAUGCGAGGACAUUUCACCCGAUAAUGGCGGUGAUGAUGCGGAGAGAGGUGACGACACUCCUGAUUCCACUGCUCCUGCCCCGGCUGCUAAUGGUGGUGGCGAGCAGACAGACAACGAGCCAGCUGGUGCUGAUUCCAGUGCUCCUUCUCCGGCUGCUAAUGGUGGUGAGCAGACAGGUGACGAGCCGGCUGGUGCUGCCUCCAGUGCUCCUGUUCCGAAUGACCAUGGCCCCUACCUUCUGGGGACUGAUCCAGCAGGCGAAGAGCAAGGGCCCUUGCCAGUAGUCUAUGUUCCCCAACCAGGGGAAGAAGCACCAGGGGAGGAGGCUGCAGCAGGUUCCCAGGGUGCUCCCCCCAUGCCUGAUGGCGCCGAUUUCAGUGCCCCGCCUGUUCCAAGUGCCCGGUUGAGGUCGAAUGACCAAGUGCCACAGAUGGCAAAGGACCAUGGCCCGAACCUUAUGCCAACCGAUCCUGUCGCAGCAGCUGGGAUUUCUUCUCUUUACCCAGCAGCUGAUAUCCCUUCUCUCUUCUCAGCAGGAGCACCAGCAGCAACAGCCGCAGCAGCAGCAGCGGCAGCCGGAGGUGAUCACAGCGAUGGCUACGAUGUGGAGGGUGGUGUGGAAUCUGUGGGAUGCGAGGAGAUGCCAGCUGAUAAUGGUGGUGAUGGGGCGGUAGGUGACGAGCCCAAGGGUGCUGAUUCCAGUGCUGCGCCUGUUCCAAGUGCCUGGUUGAAGCCAGCACAGAUCCCGGUGGAGAAUGGGGAGGAUAGUGACGAGCAGACAGGUCACGAGCAGACAGGUGACGAGCAGUCUGCUGACGAGUCCGUUGGUACUGAGUUCAGUGCUGCGCCUGUUCCAAGUGCCUGGUUGAAGCCAGCACAGAUCCCGGUGGAGAAUGGGGAGGAUAGUGACGAGCAGACAGGUCACGAGCAGACAGGUGACGAGCAGUCUGCUGACGAGUCUGUUGGUACUGAGUUCAGUGCUGCGCCUGUUCCAAGUGCCUGGUUGAAGCCACCACAGAUCCCGGUGGAGAAUGGGGAGACUGUUGACGAGCAGACAGGUGAGGAGCAGUCUGCUGACGAGCCUGUUGGUGCUGGGUUCAGUGCUCCGCCUGUUCCCAGUGCCUGGUUGAGGUCGAAUGACCAAGGGCCACAGAUGCCAAAUGGCCACGGUCCCUACCUUCUGGGGUCUGAUGCCAUGCCAGCCGAUGGAUCAGAGGAGGAGGCUCUAGCACACGAUGAGCAUGGGCCCGCACCCUAGGCUGUCUCGACGGUGAUGGUUUCGGAAAUGUUUCUUGCUUCGUCAUCCUCCCUUGCUAGCGUCCCAUGUCAGGUGUGUGGGAAAGCUGCAUGAGUAUUUAUGAAUGAAGAGUUUGUUACGGGUAUACAUACCAUAUAAAUGUUAGUGCUCUCAGAAUAGAGUUGUUUACUAGAAAGAGGGAUACAAGGUGGUUUUGUCUAACAAAUUGUACUCUCUAUA